CUGCCUCCGUGUCGUCCGUGCGGCGCAGCGCAGCGCGGCCAUGGUGGACUCUCCCAGCGCGAUGAAGAAGACCUUCUCGGUGCCGGAGAUCAAACCACUGGACCAGUACGACUUCAACCGGGCCAAGAUCUGCGCCAGCGUCCGGUGGCUGCUGUCGAAAUCGUACGGCUCUGCAGAAAAUGUCCCUGUGGAGUUGCGAGAACCACUUUACAAAGACCAGUAUGAUCAAGAGCACCUCAAGCCGGCCGUCUCCAAGCUGCUUCUCUCCCCGGAGAUCUACUGCAGAGCCCAGGCCCUGCUGGCACAGGCGCAGGGGGUCUCUCUGCCGGCAUCGCAGGGGUCCCCGGCUGACAACUCCGCUCUGCUGCAGUUCCUCAUCAAGAAAGGUUUCACUCCAAAAGUCCAGGAUGCAGACGUCACCGAGGAGGACCUCAGCUUCAUCCCCAUCAAGACGAAAGCCCACCUCGCUCUGAUCGACUCUCUGAUGACGCUGGUUGCUAAAGAUGCGGUGGGCAGGGUGAAGAUGGCGGUGGAGGCGGAGCAGAUGGGCGUUGGGGCUCCAUGGGAAAAUGCUCUUCUCUUCUGGGUCAACAGGCUGAACCAGAAGUUGAGAGAGAUCACAGAAGAAGAAGAGCCCAACAAGUCUCAGACGUGCACAGACCUGCAGACUGCCCAGGACACGUGUCAAUCCAACCGUUGGUACUGGAAACUAGUCCCCCAUGCUAUCGCUUUUUGUUUGAAGGAGUCGGGGAAUAAGCCGCCAGUGAUCCGCUAUAAGAAGGACAAAGUGCAGUCUAAGCUGACUCCUACUUUCCCUCUGGUCUCUGCGGUCAAAGAUCUGUCUAAUGGCUGCGCUAUAGCUGCUGUGUUGCACUACUACUGCCCCAGCUUGCUGCCUCUAGAGGAUGUUUGUCUGAAGGACACCAUGUCAGUGGCUGACAGUCUCUACAACCUGCAGCUGAUAAGAGAGUUUUGUGAGAGCAGUUUACAGAGCUGCUGCCCACUCGGUGUUGAGGACUUGCUCUACGCUCCACCGGUUCUGCAUUUGAACAUCAUGAGCUUCAUAGCUGAGCUGCUGGAGUGGUUUGAGGUUAAGAAGCCUGAUUUUGUCCAGCCGAUCCAACCCAUUGACCUCUCAGAUAUAUCAGUGUUACUAGACUGUAAAAGUCCUGUCAACGGGAACAGCAACAGUGGUUCUCCUUCCUUUGUCUUCAAACAACCCUUUGUGCCCAACUGCUCUUCAGUUUCACCAGAGCACAAAAGUUGGACAAAGAAACAGAUCAGUCGUCCUCUGUCCGCAGUGACUUUCAGCAUCCCAUUUGGGCUGGACAGUGAUGUUGACAUUGUCAUGGGAAACCCAAUAGAUUCUGUCUUUCGCUCUGUCAGCACUGACAGCCUCACCACCGGCAUCCCUGCAAUGACUUCACCGGUGACAUCAGCAGGGAUGACUUGUGUCCCGUACAGCCCUUCAGAGGACCUCAGCCACCUGGUCAGCGCCUCUGCACCCUCGCAGCGCUCUUCCUGGGGCCCUUACGCACACACAACGCCACUAGGAGAGCUGCCGACCAUCGAGGAGGCGCUACAGGUGGUCCAUACUCCAGGCAGCAAAGAUCGGAGGAAGGUAAGGAUACCAGAGAAAGGUGGAAGAGGAGUGCUGGGAGGAAGGCCAGAGCCCAGGUUACGUCCUGAAGGAGCCCCUGCUGGUUUCUUUCUACACUCCCCUGAGGAGAAUAACUCCAAGCUCAGUAGCUCUGCUCCCUCUCGCUCUGGUGUCCUCCACCGGCCUGUUGGUGGAGAAGCUGGUGACACUGAGAGGCAAGGAAGGGGAGAGAGGCGGGAGAGAUCAGGACGCACCUCCGAUAUGUCCCGUGAUGAUGACUCUGUUCUACGAGAUGGCAGCGUUGACUCCUCUGAAGCAUCGGAUGAUACCCCUAGAAACGCCCCUGGUAAUAUUCGACCCGGUAAUGGUCGACAGGGAAACGGCGCCAACAACAGUCCACGCAUGACAAGCUUUGCUGAACGUCGCGACAACAGAAGAAGACAACCUGCCGCUCCUGGGGAGGAGUCAAGCACUGCUCCGACCCCAACAACCCCUGGAACUCCACAUACACCCUCCACCCCAGCAGGGGCACCUGGCCGCCAGGACAGCCCAGGUCCCAGAGGUCCUGAACCGGGCUCUGAGGCCUGGGAAUUGGGGGUUCGUCUAGAGGAAAAACGCAAAAGCAUUGAAGCCCAAAAAAGACGCAUCGAAGCCAUCUUUGCCAAGCACAGACAGAGGCUUGGAAAAACGGCUUUCCUUCAACUUAAAAGAGAGCAAGGAGAAGGAGGGGGGGGGGGAGCAGAGGAGGAUAAUCUCACCCUGGAGGAGCGCCUCACUUGCGUGGAGGAGCAACUUAAAAAGGAGGAGGAAAAAGAAGAGAAGGAAAAGAAGGAGAAAGAAAAGGAUGGAGAGGAGAAAGAAAAGCCAUCUGUUUCCAAUCCUCCUCGGUUAGAGAAGCAGGUCACUUUCUCUAUUGAAAGUAAGAAAGGGACAGAGAAGGAAAAAGGAGCAGAGAAAGAGAAAGGAGGUGAAGCGGCCAUAGUGGAGUGCAAUGAAGUGGUGCAGAAACUGAGUGAAGCUCUGCAGUCACUACAGAGGGACAUGCAGAAACUUACAGAACAGCAACAGCAGCUUAUGGGCAACCAAAGACCUAGAAAUACACCCAAAACCACUCCCAAAUCAACUCCUAGAGGUACCACCAAAACACCACCCAAGACUCCUCCUCACACCCCAACAAAGACACCACCAAGAACCCCAACAAAGACUUCCACAAAGAGUACCAGUAAAGGUUGGGUGAUUCCUAGUCCCAGUGGCCCCACUGCAUCCUCACCGUCACGGCGUUCUCAUCUUGUUUCUUCUUCCACCUCCCCAAAGACUAUCAUCUCUUCUUCCUGCCCGGCUCCUCGCACUAAGAUCCACUCCUCCACCACUCCCCGUAGCCCCAAGCACCAGCCGCGGGGCCCACAUCAGCCUCACCCACGACCUUCUGAACUCAAGUUUCCCCCACUCAACCGCGCCUUGGCUCCAACCCAAAAUGUGGACACCCUUCCCCACUUGCGGCGUGUGUCCCCUAGCAAGUGCCAGGUUCAGACCUCCUCUUCUUUCCGUAUCGGUGGGCCUAGAACUCCUCAAGAGUCUCCUCAGCCUACUCAGCCACCACAGCCUGACGAGAAUGCCUCGGACACAGCCUCUAGCGAGACACCGACUCAGUUCAGCUUGGAGCUGGAGCAGGAGGAUGCGGAGGCUCUAGGAGGGCUGCCAGUCUUACCACACCCAAGACAAGAUCGUCCAAGAGCUGCUGGUGGAAGCAGCUCUGGCGCUCCUUCUGAGUGCUCAUUUGAGAGUGAGGCCUUCUCCCUCUCUGCUGCGUUCAGUGCUAUAGGUGAAGGUGGGAGAGGUGAAGGUGCAGACAAGCGCUGCAGCCUGAUUGAGGUCUCACUGUCAUCUCUUGGAGGACCAGAAGGGGGCAGUGAUGAACCAACUGAUGAAGGGCAGGACUUUUCCUCUGACUCUAUGAGUGAACACACAGAAUCUGCAGCAGAACCUGCUAGAGGACUUGCUGCAGAACCCCUAGAUCCCAUAGAGCAGCUGGCCAUAGAUCUGGCCGCAGGAGUCAGCAACUUGCCAGAAAAACAAAGUGAAUCUGAAGGAGAAACGUCCAACAAGACUUUGGAACCAAGUGCAGAGCAGAAUGGGCCCGGGACCAAAGGUGGAAUUGGAUUCGUUUUUCAGGAGGAGGUGCAUAGUGAGGAGGAGAUGGCCCAGCGUAGAGCUUUACUGUUGGAAAAACAGCAGAAGAGAACUGAGGAGCUCAGGAAGAGGAGGCAGUGGAAUGAGCAAGAAAGGGAAAACAGACCGGUAUCCACAGACAAACGAGUGGCAUCUCCCUCAAAUACACCUCCCGCAGGCCAGGCUUCCCCAUCCCCAACACCUCCUGCUACACCAGCCCGCCGGGGAGAUUUCACACGAGGGGAAUACACAAGGCGGAAUCAACUCAGGAUCAUGGAGGACUUGGACAAAGUGCUUCGACAGAAAUCAGCCACUCAAGGACGAUCUUCUGCGAAAAAAGCCCGCUCCCGUCCUCGCAGCAUGACUAGGGAGGAAACACAGCUGUCUCUGAGUCCAGCCAAGGGAACAGCAGCCGCUAAGUUGACCAAAGUCUACUCCAACUCCUCCCUCAACCUGGCAGCUACGGAUGAGCCGAGAAACAGAUGCAGUGACCUGGCUAAGAAACCUCAGAGCCGCCCUGGUUCACCUUCAGGAUGUGUGACACCAAGUAAACUGGCAAAUCAGAAUGGAGAUAAAGAUUGGGAUUCUGGUUCCAAUGGAACCUCACCUGCCCCAGAAUACACAGGUCCAAAGCUCUUCAAAGAACCAAGCUUAAAGUCCAACAAAUUCAUCAUUCACAACGCACUCUCUCGUUGCUGCCUCGCUGGAAAGGUCAACGAGACACAGAAAAACAAGAUAGUUGAGGAGAUGGAGAAGAGUCCCGCCAACCACUUCCUCAUCCUCUUCCGUGAUUCCAGUUGCCAGUUCAGGGGCGUUUACACCAUGAACGCCGACUCCCAGGAGCUCAUACGAUUGGCUGGCGUGGGCCCGCGGACAAUUGGCUCCACCCAGGUGGAGUCCAUCUACAAAUACAGCUCAGACAGGAAGCAGUUUAGUGCCAUCCCCUCUAAAACCAUGGGCAUGAGUGUGGACGCCUUCACUAUCCCCGGCCAUCUCUGGCACGGAGGAGGCGCGUCAGGAGGAGGAGGGAGCAGGAGAGCAAGCAUUACUAAGAAGGCGGUCAUUUCUAAGUGAGGAACAUAACACAUCACAGUGGCAGAUCAUUAAAGAAACCACUAUAAUCACACUGUAAUUAUAGUGAAAUCUGUAGUCAAAUGUGGCAUACAGCUAUUUAUAUGCACACAAAUGAGUCUUUAGCCAUAUGUGGGCGUACAGUCCCCUUACCUCUCUUGCCCUUGGAUUUAAUAGAAAUACAAAAUGUUAAAAAAUCAUUUUUACUCCCCCCUUAAUGUGCAUGAGAAUGUUAAAAGCACAGAUUUCUUUUCCUAAACAGAAAACAGAGACACACUCAUAUCAAGAGUGUACAAAGGAAGGUUUUGUAAAUGUUAAGUUGAUUGCACAAGGAAGAGGUACUUUUAAAAAGUCUCAUUACUUAUACUUUCAUUGUUUAAAGUACAAACUCAAAAAUGACUUUUUUCUUUCAGAAGAAUUAUUAAGUUGUUUAUUGAAAAACACUGACUUUAAUAUGACACAUGAUUACUGUCUGUUCCCUCUCUGGUUUUUUGGGGCUGAAGUCCUCAAGUAGAACACCAGUUUUUUUUACAUUAAGCCAAACAAUGGAGAAAAUGCCUUCUCGUGUCAGAGUGACUGGCAGGACUUUUAUUUUGUACAACUUGCAAGUUCAAUUCUACCAACCACUGUAUGUAGGUGGAUCGAAGCACAUUUGAUUUGCAAAAGAAAGGUAAAUGGUUGAUUCUAAGAGCAGAAAUGAACUCAAAUAAGUGUUGGUGGUUUUUCAGAGAUGAUUGCCACGGGAUAAAUGGUUAUUUACUGUAUGUGGUAUAAGCUUAUUUCAAAAUAAUAUCACAGUGUGGUUUGAUGAAACUAUGUUGAUAAUGGGUAAACGUAUGAGUACCAGAUGCCAAUUAAACAACAGUGAACUAAUAGCAUAUUGAAAAUGAUAUGUGUCAUGCCAAGCUUACAUUUAGAAGUACCUGUAUUGUUGCGCUCUCGGUUAGGGGUGGGUUCCGAUAGCCAUUUCCAGGUGGUAAACCACCCAGAUUUGUUAAAAUUUGCAGUCAAUGAAUCUGAAGCCUGUUUCACCACUUUCUAGCACCAUGUUCAUCUGCAAGAAAUUACUUUAGAAAGUACAGAAACUGUUGUUUACACAAAACUGACUGAACACGGUGAACCGCCUUAACUUAAACGUUGCCUGAGGGUCACUUGUUAGAGUAAAAGCUUGUGCAGCAGUGCACCACCUAAAAGCCUUCCACCGAUGUUUCACUGUAUUCUGUGACCUGUCAGAUUUUGUGACCUCUAGCAGAGCAACUAGAAAUUCAGGUAACAUUAAGUGCAUCGUGCAUGUAGAGAAAUCUGUUGAUAUUUGCUGAAUGAAAAAAUAGAAUUAAGAUUAUUUUCACUGUGUUGUUGUACUUUAGCUUCUACAGCACAAGCAAGGAGGGAACACAGCAAGAGGACAUUUCUGCACCAUUUAGGCAUUGUAGAAUCUCAAUAGUUUAGGUAUGAUACUGACUAAUACAUGCAUAUUCUGCUAACCACAGUAAGGCCCUGUUCACAUCUGGCUCUAUGUGCACAUAACACAUAUCAUUUCCAUUUGCAAAAGACCAAAUGCAUUGUUGCUUUUAACUUCCAGAGAGGCACUCGUCGGGCCUGGUCAGCUGGAAAUUAAAAUAGGAACUCAAAGGAAUACAGACACAUCUCAAUUUGGAUCCUUUUAAUAAUGCACUUCCAUGUAGCACACUCUGCACACAGUGUACUUGCUUGCAUAGUAUGAAUUUCAACAGAAUAGUGUUCCCAACCUCAGUAGAUCAGCUGGUGAUAGUCAGCCACAGACAUAUUCAAUUAAUUCUGAUGAAUUAACCUAACAAUGGUGGUAGUGGUAGCGAAAAAAAACAUGUAUAACCUCAAUUUGUAUAGUUAGAUGUUAACUGUUUCAGCUGCAACUUCUGCCGCUUCCUUGAUCACCAUUUUUCACAAGUUUGAAAUAGAUUGAUUGCAAAGUGCACUGCAUUUUAUCAUACAUUAGUAUGCAUUCAAAAUAAAAUAUGCGAAUUCGAGACACAGCAUGGGUUUAUUCCUUGCCAUUUUUCAGGCAAACCAAAAUCUCAGAGGACAAAGCCAUCUUAAGUAUCGUUGUUGUUGCCGAUGCCUGUUGUCGUACUUUAAUAUGAUGCUGUUGGUGCACAAAUUAGUCAGUACAGAGCUGUCCACUUGUGAUUAAAUCACCAAACAUGCAUGUUGAUGUCAGGUGUUAACAGGGCCUAAGACAUCUCUAUUUUUCCCACCGAACAAACCUGUGUAACAAGUUUCAACAAGUGGAUUCAGAACUGGUUUCAGAUUUGAUGAAAUGCUGUCGAACCCCAUCCCUAUAAGAGUGCGCACCCUUAAAUUGGUGUAUUUCAGACCAGCAUUCAUGUAUGAAAUAACAAACUGGAUUAAACUCCACUGAUCAAGCUG